AUGAAAACUCGUCCAAUUCCGAGUGUUUCAACAUCUCCUAUUAAACGUAGUCUAUUACAGACCGCUCUUGCUGUUGCUGUUCUCAGUUCGAUUGCCACCGGUGUUAUAUUACUUGUACAAGGUUCAUUACAACUAGCAAAAUUAAAAUACUUCGUGGAUGUUGGCCAUUAUCCACUUCACAUUACGUCAGUUCUAUUAAUAUUAUUUGGUUUUUUAACUUCAGUAACGUUAAUUACUCUUGUCGUAGCCCUGGUAAGAUUGAGUAAACUCUUAGCAAUUGUUAGUGUAUGCUCAUUAGCAUUAUGUUCCAUUGGUCUAAUAUGUCUAAGCAUUUACUCCUUUAUAUCAAUUUCAAACGAUACACUGCCAACAUCCAUUAAUAAUACGCUAAUCAGGGAAUUAAAUCAGACAAGAUACAAUUUGAAUCGAGAUGCAAUUGUUAAUGUUGAAAAUACGGAUUUAAUGGCAAAACUCGAGAAACAAUAUGAAUGUUGUGGUGCGGCAGAUUCUAUUAAAGAUUACAGAAGUAGACAACCAACAAAUAUUCAAGCGCCGAGUGGCGGUGCAGGAGAACGAUCGACUGCAGCAACAGGAGGAAGAGGAAGAACAUCAUCAACAACACAACGAAAUGUUCAAUCCGUUGUUCUUCUGCCUAUUAGUUGUUGUAAUGAAAAAUAUCGUACAUCAGAUGGAAUAUGCGCCGAUAACAAUGAUGGUGGUAGCGUGUCAGGAAAUGUAUCCUUAUCAAAGUAUAAUUUAGUGGGAUGUUUUGCAAAAAUAACAAAAUCAAAAUAUGAACGAAUACAGCGACAAGGUUUUACGACCGUUAUUGGUGCGUGUCUUGCAGUGGUAGCGUGUAUCGGAUUAGCAGCAGCUAUUCGACUAUUAGCUGAAGGUUAUCAAAUUGUUCCUGUGCGUACUACUUGA